UAAUCCUAUCCUAUCUUACAGCAUGUACUGGUCGACCCUGACACUCACAACAAUCGGAGAGACUCCUCCCCCUGUACAGAACUCCGAGUACUUCUUCGUGGUCACAGACUUCCUGGUUGGCGUGUUGAUCUUUGCUACCAUCGUAGGUAACGUAGGUUCCAUGAUCACCAACAUGAACGCUGCCAGGGCUAACUUCCAGGCCAGGAUAGACGCCAUCAAACAGUACAUGACUUUCAGAAAGGUCACCAAGGACCUGGAGAAGAGGGUGAUCAAGUGGUUUGACUACCUGUGGACCAAUAAGAAGGCAGUAGACGAGAGGGAGGUGCUAAAGUUCCUUCCUGAUAAACUCAGGGCUGAGAUCGCUAUCAACGUCCACCUGGACACACUGAAGAAGGUGCGUAUCUUUGCUGACUGUGAGGCUGGCCUCCUGGUAGAGUUGGUAUUAAAGCUCCAGCCUCAGGUCUACAGUCCAGGUGAUUACAUCUGUAAGAAGGGAGACAUCGGACGAGAGAUGUACAUCAUCAAGGAAGGGAAGCUGGCCGUUGUCGCCGACGACGGGAUCAAACAGUUCGUUGUCCUUAGCGAUGGGAGCUACUUCGGGGAGAUCAGUAUUCUGUCCAUAAAGGGUUCCAGGGCUGGAAACAGGAGGACUGCUAACAUCAGGAGCGUUGGGUACUCUGACCUGUUCUGCCUCUCUAAAGACGACCUGAUGGAGGCCCUGUCGGAGUAUCCUGACGCUAAAGCCAUGUUGGAGGAGAAGGGACGGCAGAUCCUGAUGAAGGACAACCUGCUGGACCUGGAGGUGGCGGCGCAGGGCCCGGACCCCAAGGACAUGGAAGAGAAGGUGGAGAGGAUGACAGCAACGCUGGAGUCCCUCCAGACGCGAUACGCCCGGCUCCUCGCCGAACACGAGGCGGGCCAGAGCAGACUGAAACGCAGAGUCACCCGACUGGAGAAGAAAGUGGUGGCUCCAGUCCAGGAGGUCGAGGAGAUAGGGGUGGAGAUGGGUACCGCGGCAACCACAGAAUAG